AUGGAUCCCGUUCCCAUCUCACAAGUGCCAUUCCAGACCAUUCAAGAACAUCAAUCUGCACCUACAGGUAAUCCGGAACUCACUAUUGAUCUAUUUGGAGAAACCCUAGGUCAGGUGCCCAAUUCUGGGAAAAGCCCUGAAUCAAACACCGAUGCUCUAGGUCACGGUCAAGAACCGUGUCCGUCUCCUCUCGACAUCCCUGAAAAAGACCUAAACAGGUCAUCAGGUCACAACCACGAAACAGAGGUAGCACACAGUUUAGAACCCACCAAAAGGAAACGAAAAAGGACAGACCCAUAUGAAGGAGGUGAUCCUAGAGCCAAACGGCCAGAUGACUUCCCAAUCAGGGCCGGGCCUCCACAACGAAAACCCACUAAUCCCCUCCCAAGAUUACAAAAUUCCAAAGUAACAACCAAAAAGGGAAGAGAAUUAGAGGAAGAUCUGAGCUGGGCUUCGGAAGAACACCCAAAUAAUGAUGCUGAAAAUUUGGUUCAAGAAAAGGAAAAACCUACUAGAAAAGGAAAACAAAAGAAAAAAGGCAAAGAAAAGGUAUCACCAGCAGAAGAUAAGUCUAUCCUACCAAAACCACACAGCACAAAAUUUUUGAGCCAACAAUCAACAAAACUAUGGGGCAAAGUUGUUGAAAGAAAGAUCCUCAGUCAAAAAUUAGUGUUGGUAGAUAAACUGAACAAACAUGAUCAAAUCCGAGAAACCUUGACAAAAAAUCACCUACUUGGUUCUGUCACAAACAUAGAAGCCUAUGAUGAACAAGUUGUUCAAGAAUUUUAUAGUAACCUAACCAAAGACAUCACCAUCUCCACAAGUCCAAUGUAUGGAAAAAUAUACCUAAGGGGAAAAUACUAUGAGUUUAAUCCGGAUAUCAUCAACACCACUGAAGGGGAGGAAAGAAUACUUCUUACAAAUGAUGAAGUCAUUCAAGAACUCACAGCAGGGAAUGUGAAUCUGGAGAAAAACAAAAUUAAAGCUGCAUCAUUAACCAGUAAGUAUGCUGUACUACAGAAAAUCGCACUGGCAAAUUGGAUGCCCUCAUUACAUGAGUCAACACUCAAAAGAAGCCUAGCAGACCUACUAUACAAGAUUGGAAAAGGGAUCAAAGUUGACCUUGGCAAUCUCAUCUACACACAGGUCACAAACCUAGCAGAAAACAAAGGAACCAAAGCUUGCCUUAUAUUUCCAGACCUCAUCUGUUCUGUUCUAGCAAAACAAGGACUCAAGAUUCACAAGCCAAAGUCUCAAAUGGAAAUCAAAGAGGAGAAAACUGAAGUACAACAAUGGCUGAAAGCCCUGAAAUUAGAAAGUAAUGAAGAAGAAGAUGAUCAAGAACCAGAAAAAGAUCAAGAAAAUGAAGAAAAUGGUGAUCAGGAACCUGAAGCUGAGAGUAGUGGAAGAAAUGAAGAAGAAGAUGAUCAAGAACCUGAAGCUGAAAGUAGUGAAAACUCCACCUAA